AUGUAUGGCUGCCAGCUGUUGGAAAGGUUUGGAAGCAGUGUAGAUUUGGGUCGCUCGAUCGUAGGAGAAGGCAUGGGUGUGCAUAUUGGCAGUUUGUUUGUACCUAUAUUAGCAAAAAUCGUCAAUGGAUCAGUCACGAUCAUCUCCCUCAAGUCGAACUCAGUCGUAUCUAAUUUUCGUUUCCUACGCUGGGCUUUACAGUCAGAAAGAGGAACAGAGCUGCGAGUAGUGUCAGUUGGUAAUGAACGGCUUGUGGUGCAGGAAGCGAAUUCAAGCUUUUGUGAAGUUGGAAGUGUAGCAAAGGAGUCCAUGUUCAAUCAAUAG